AAUGUUUUGUCAUUUUAAUGGUAGUUUAACCUAGUAGUAUACCCAAACCCAAACGUGACUCUUCACCUUAUCAUUUUCAAAUGAUUGUGAAAAAUCGAUUACGAUACCAACUUCACUGCCAGUAAUAAAUUACAGUAUACACUAUACGUUCUCUGUACUCCCUCAAAAUAUUACCACAACCAACCAAAAUAUAACCCAAGUCCACGUGAAAAUGCGCAUCAAUGUGGAGAAUCUGGAAGGCGGCAAACAUUUUGCUCUAAUAAUCUUGAAUAACUGAAGACAUGAUAUACACAUUUCACAUUUUUUUUUACUCAAAGAUGCACAAAUAUUGCAGUUAAAGUUUUCUAAAUUUGGGUCAAUCUAGUCCGUCGCGCGGGUUGCGUUCCUUUAAACUAUUCCUCACACAUGAAUUUGGGAAUAGUCUAAAACCAAUUACAGUAAAUACAAAUAUAAAGAAAUCUACAGGAUGAAACAUAUACAAUAGUCUAUGUCAAGUGCCCUGUAGUUGAAAAAACAUUAUACGGUUAAUUGUACAUCAAGUUUCAAACGGUGGUGAUAUUGACAGCAAUCAUUACUUCAGCAGAAAAGUAGACGAUUGUUUUGUAUUUAAUUUGUAUCCGCUUUGAAGUCGCAAAGGAUAAUCCGGAGGAGAGGUCCCAUGGUAGAAUCAACAUUUAUUGUCCAGCACGCCAAUUACGCAGCGGAGAACACAAUAGGCCUAUUCCAACAACAUGAGGAAUCACAACGAUUGAAGCUUGAGAUAUCGGAGGGUCCAGUCCAGAGAAAUAUCCCUAUGCCUUGAAUUAGGCGACGCUAUGUAUGAGCGGUGGAGGGGGCGAGGAAAGUGGUACCAGACGCAGCAAGAAACGUCCGUACGUGCUUCAUCUUAGUGGUAGUGACGUGAUAUUGCAGCCCCACUCUAGGAGCAGGGCGAGCGAGCGGAGCGCUUUCUAUCUCUCUCUAAACCAACUCAGUAUUCAAACAUAUCACAUCCAUUCGCUAAGGAUUUGUUUUUGUCAACCUGCUGCCCGUCUUGAAUAUCUCUGGAGAAAAGACUGUCAGGAACAGAUGGUUCUUCUAGGCUAGCUAAUUCACGGUAAUUUCAGAGAUUGCUUUCCCGCACAUCAUUCAAGUAUUUCUUUCCAUCCGUGUGGUGUGUGUUGGAUUCGCACUUGCUGGGUCCGUUUUGAUGGAAAAACGAGACGGUGACAUGAGCCAGACCGGAGUCUAACGCAUUUUUCGCCCAUUUACCAUCGUGUUGCAUUGGACUUCUGUCGUCGGCUAUGGGAAGUGUUCAUUUAAAAGAAGACUGCACAAUUUGUCAUCUAUAAAGGAUGUGGCAGAGUAUGUUGGAAAAAUAGCCCUAGCAUCCGGAGUGUAAGGCCAAAUGACAUAGGAUGAAGGCUAUUCGUAACUUGUUGAUUUAUAUAUUUUCCACCUAUCUCCUGGUUAUAUUUGGAUGUACUGGUGCCCAAGACGUCUGGUGUUCCACGCUGUUGAAGGGAGUCAUCUAUGGCUCCUACUCGCUGACCGAAAUGUUCCCUAAGAACCACACGAACUGCACGUGGACCCUGGAGAACCCCGACCCCACCAAAUACAGCAUCUACCUGAAGCUGCACAAACAGGACCUCGGCUGCUCCCAGUUUGCUCUGCUCGUGUAUCAGUUCGACCAUUACUCGCACGAGAAGAUCAACGAAUUGCUCAAAAACAACGAAUCGAUCGUGUACCUCUGCGAUACCAAGAACAGCCACGUCUUUUUGCAGUACAACAAGAAUUUCGUUCAGCUACGGAGGGUUUUCCCGUACGAUUACAACGGAUUGACACCGCAGAAGCUGGACGAAGAUGACAAGUCUAUCGUGGAGUUUGUGGUGUUGAACAAAGCCAGCCCCAGCCAGUUUGGUUGCCAGGUUUUGUGCGCCUGGUUGGAAAACUGCCUGAAGUCCGACAAGGGAUCGGUGGAAUCAUGUGGAAUAGUGUAUACAAAGUGUACCUGCCCCCAGCACCUGGGAGACGGAGAGUCAGAGGGGAUGCUGAUGUUGAACAACGUGGUGUUACCUUUAAACCCUCAAACGGAAGGGUGCCUGACGCCCAAACUGCAGCUUGGGCAAGUGUGCAACCUCAGCGCUGAGGUGAAGCGACCCGCCAAGGAGGUGGAUUUUAUGGAGGCAGUCUGUAUGUCCUGUGUCCCUCGUUCCGUUCUGCCGGCAUCAGUGUGGGGGCGAGUGAUCUGCAACAGCACCCUCCUUUAGGUCUGCAUGUCCUGGACUCGACACAGCACAAGCACACGGACCCAGGAGUGAUGCUAGCAGGAACUGUUACGCCAAGUACACAUGCAGAUCAACAGUUUCCUUUGAAGCGCUACAGCAGAAACCUCUUGUAGUCUGACAUUCUAGGAAUCCAGUUUGUGUCAGUUAAUUUCUACAUCAGUAUGCAGUGUUGGACAGUGAAAUAACAUAUCAUGUUUUUGCUUGAAGGAAUGGUGGGUAAGGAUGUGUUGCUCAGUUGUCUUCCUGGUGUAAGGAAAAGCACAAAUAUGGCUUUUAUGCAUUCCACAAUGCGCAUUUUACACACAUACACACACACACACACACACUUGCACAGAUACGUAUAAUUGCACGCACGCAAACUUACACACACGCAGAUUCACACACAUGCAAACGUACACAUACAGAAUCACAGGUGUAGAGGAGGGGCCUUUCAAAGUGCAGAACAGGGGCCGAUUUCAGUAUGGAGAAGGAGACAAUCACAGUAUAGAGAACCACCGAGGUCCAGCACACUCGCAGUGAAUCACAGCAGAUUGGCGUUCAUUCCAGCACACUGAACCCAAAAUAAUGAAUGCCUCCUCAG